GAAUUCACCUGUGAGUUCGCGAUCUAUGCGAAAUGAUUCAAUCCAAUGUGCUGAGGUUCGUCUCACUCGCAGUUUUCGCUGUAACUAUUGUAAGAACUAUAAAACAAGUUACGUUUACACUGGAAUGUAAGGAUAUACAUAGAAGGGAAAUGGAAAUCGUGAAAUGUUGCUCGGCUCCAGAGAUUAUUCAAACCGAUGGCCUUCGGGAAUGUUUCGAAGAUAUGGAAGAAAAGAAAAUGUUAGGGUGCGCCAUCAAAUGUCUGCUGGAAAAACGAGGAUUAUUGAUUGGGGAUGAGAUCAACGAGGAAAAAUUGUUGGCAAGAAUCGAUAGCUUCGAAGGUGAAUGGAAGGAUACAGCUUCUAAUAUCCUAAAGGAAUGCAGCGACAAAAUGCGGGAUAUGAAGGCAAUGAUGGCCAACAUGGAUCCAUCGAAAGAAGUCUGUAACCCGACGACGGUCAUAUAUUCGUUGUGUAUUGGGAAAAAGUCAAUAGAGAGCUGCCCGACAAAUGAAUGGAAUGAUUCCGAGCUUUGUAACCUGGUUAGAAGCGGAAAAUGUGAUUCCAUGAAGAGAGGACCCAACUGAGGUUUGGCCACUAUUAACUAACAACAUUAUCAUAUUGUAACAUGCGAAACAAUAGGAAAUAUAUCGUGAAUGUUGUUAAAAUGA